GAGUGAAUAAUCGGGCCAAGCCCUGCUUCGUGUGCAUUCAUAUAAGUCAAUCAACUGAUGGUGAUGACAAUUUUUUUUUAUUCAUAAUACACAUCAUAAUUGGUGAAAAAUUUGAUAAACAAGUUUAAAUUAUCUGGUGGGUGAAUAAAAUGGUAAGUCCGUGGUCGGAUUACCGGCAGAUCAAAGAGUCAGGCACCCUCAAGCCUUAUCUUACAGCGGUUAGACGUACAUUAACCGCUGCUAUGUGCAUGGAGAAUUUUCAAUCUCAAGUUGUUGAAAAACAUAACAAACCGGAAAUUGAGGUUGGAAUUAGUAAAGAAUUAUUAUUGACUCCAGUUAUCAUAAGUAGAAAUGAUAAAGAAAAAGUCCUAAUUGAGUCUAGCAUCAACAGUAUGAGAAUAAGCAUAGCUGUUAAACAAGUUGAUGAUUUGGAAAAAAUUCUCUGCCACAAAUUCACAAGAUUUAUGAUGAUGAGAGCUGAAAAUUUUGCAAUUCUGCGACGUGUACCAAUCAAGGGUUAUGAUAUCAGUUUCCUCAUUACAAAUAUUCAUGUGGAGCAAAUGUAUAAACACAAAAUAGUUGAUUUUGUUAUACAUUUCAUGGAAGAAAUUGAUAGAGAAAUCAGUGAAAUGAAAUUGUCAAUGAAUGCGAGAGCUCGCAUUUGUGCCGAGGAGUUUUUGAAAAGGUUCUAGAUUAGAGAACCUAUUGGAAAAAGUCCCAGUCGUUGGAGUCUGAAUGACUGCAUUAUCGAACAUCAAAGGCGGUAUCAGUAUCAAUUCUACAAUAAUUUUCACUCUAAAAAAUUGUAUUUUUCUUUUUUCUUCUCAAUGGAAGCAAUGUUCAAACCUUUCAUUCCUUAACAAUUAUUUAUACAUAAGUAUGUUUAACUCCAUUAGAAAUCGUAGCCAUUUUCUGUAAAUCUAAAUAUAUAUAUAUAUAUAUAUAUAUAUAUAA